AUGCUUUUGGAUGACUCCCAGAUUCUUGAAAUUAUUAGAAAACCUUGGUCGGUCAUAUUGGAGGCUGCAAAACAAGGAAACCUUGCGUUUCUAAACAUAAUUUUUUGUGCAUAUCCUGAUCUGAUGUUUGAAGUUGACGAAAAUCAUUGCACCAUAUUUCAUUAUGCUGUCAUGUAUCGUCACUCUAGUAUAUUCAGAAUCAUUUAUGACAUAGGUUCAUUGAAGGAUUUGAUAAUUAAGAACACAGAUGAAGAAGGGAACAACAUCUUGCAUUUAGCAGCAAAGUUGCCACCACCAGACAGACCCAAUAAUAUCGAAUCAGCUGGAGCACUUUACCAUCUGCAAAGAGAGCUACUUUGGUUCAAGGCAGUGAAGAACAUUUUGCACCCAGUGAAUGCUGAAGCUACAAAUAAAAAAGGGAAAACUGCUAGAGAUUUAUUUACUGAACAGCAUAAAGAUUUAAAGGAUAAAGCUGAGAAAUUGGCUAAGGACAUCGACAAAUGCAUGCAUCGUCGGGAACACUUAUUGCCACCGUGGUUUUUGCUGCAGCUUUUACGUACCAGGGGGAACCAAUGA